AUGAAUUUUAAAGAGCAGCAGGAAACAGUACGGGAUACUGUAGUUGCUGGGAAGGAGCAUAAUGGGCUUGCUGAAUCUACUGAUGAAGUUCAAGGUCAUAGAGUUUUACAUGGGAGGAAGGCGAGCACAUUUUUGGGUAUUUUUGAUAAUUCACCCCCGAUUGAUGGAAUAACAGGUAAGAAGCAGUCUGAUGGGUCUGAUGGGGAGGAGAAAUCGAAUGCGGAGGAACUGUUGAAGAAGAAGAAGAAAAAGAAGAAGCGUGAAAAUGAGCUAGCACUACUAGCGGAGUGUGAGGAAGUAGGUGAUGUUCGAAUCUGCAAACCUGGUACGGGUUAUCCUGUGGAGUCAGUUGAGCAACAAGAUUUAGAACUUUAUACGGAUGACGAGCCGACUCCUUUGGUGUUUAGAGAAUCGGUUUCGAAGCCGAUAUCUUCGGCCAUUUAUUAUCCGCACAAGCUGAAAGAUGAACAACUUUCUGCACUUCAUUCGUUGCAUUCGGAAUCUCUGCUUCCUCAAUCGCAGCAGUCAGUGCAGUCCGAGGCUACUGAGGGUGUACCUACUGAUAUCUCACUUGCAUCACAGUCUAAUUAUUCCGCAGUUGUGGACUCUGAAGAUGAAGAUAACGCUUUAUCCUCUGAUGAAACUCAAGAAUUUCCUCUAAAAGUAGAGUUACAGCCAUUUACCGAUAAUGUUGGUGGGCACACAGCGAUAUUUCGAUUCAGCGAACGCGCUGUUUGUAAAGCCCUUGUGAACCGGGAGAAUAGUUGGUAUGAAACAAUAGAACUAAAGCAUCCUGGUCUACUACAGUUUAUGCCUCGUUAUAUUGGUGUCUUGAAUGUAAGACAGCACUUUAAUUCAAAAGAAGAAUUUUUAAAUCACUUGUCAGCAAAGAAGACUAAGUUAUACAAUACGAUUGCUAGUCCAGAAGCGAUUGAUGAAACUUUGCGACAUAACCAUUUGGAUAGAGUUCUAUCGCCUGAGAUCGAUCCUAUUGAGCAAAUUUCAUCUCCGCAAAUUGUGGAAGAAACACCGUUACCGGAAGUAUGCCUUGAUGAUAAUAAGCAUAUCAUUCCAGAUUCCCUGUGGUGUAGGUAUUCCCAUUCGCCUUCUUCAGUACCAAGCGAAGAUUCAUUGCUCAACUCGAGACAUAACAGUGGAAGCAAUUUAUUGACCAAGGCACGUGGGAGUGGAAAUUUGCCCCUGCUUGCACCUAAUGAAACAGGAUCUACGCUUGUUAACACUAGAUUGAAAGAAUUAGUCAUCGAAGAGGUCUUCGGUCAACCAACGGUAGCUUCUAAGUCUCAGCAAAAUUUGCAACAUACCGGUCGCUCUCAAUUUCGCCAAAUAAUCCAUCAUAUGCGUCAUAGCAGUAAUCCAAAUGAUAACGGCGGCAAAAUUAGGAUACAAUCAAGCGACUGUUUAACGAACGUACCAGCGAAUAAGCAAUCAAGAUCAUCUUCUACCUCAUCGUCUGCUGCUCAGCAUUCCUCGCGCAAGAAAAGGCAAGACUCUCGUAACUCUUUGGUUGAUCUACGGGAAAUUAAGCAAGGAAUAUGUGCGGACAAAUCAGAGUUGUUUGCAGAAGACGAUGAUUCAUCUGCGCUAUCUGUAGCAAACUCACCGAAGUCACGGCCACAGCAUACCGCGCAUGAAUCUAUUUCAUAUGAAGAACAGUCCCACACGGUAGUUUCUAAGUUCAUUUUACUAGAGGAUUUGACUAGGAAAUUAAAUAAGCCAUGUGUGCUAGACUUAAAAAUGGGUACCCGCCAAUAUGGCGUGGAUGCAAAAAGAUCAAAACAAUUAUCACAGCGAGAAAAGUGUAGAAAUACAACUUCUCGUAAAUUAGGUGUUCGCAUUUGUGGGCUAAAGAUUUGGAACAAAGAUUAUUACAUUACAAGAGACAAGUAUUUUGGUCGUCGCGUGAAAAUAGGCUGGCAAUUUGUGCGUAUACUUGCAAGGUUUUUAUACGAUGGCAUGUCCAACAGAAGCAUAUUGAAACAAAUACCCUUUCUGAUUAAGCAAUUGGAUACAUUACACAACGAAGCAGCUCAAUUGAAGUCUUAUCGUAUGUAUGGAGCAUCUUUACUGUUGAUGUACGACGGUAAUAACUCAUGCAGCAAAAGGUGCAAAGUAAAACUAAACUUGAUAGACUUCGCACGCUGUGUAACAAAAAAAGAUAUGGACACAUCAAUAGAUACCUUCAAAAUCCGUCCAAAGAACCCAGAACUUGAAGAUAGGGGUUUCUUGCGUGGUUUAAAAUCGCUCAAGUUUUAUUUGUUAGUAAUUUGGAACCACCUAACAAGUGAUCAUCCUUUGGUUUACGAAGAUGACGAACUAAUGGAGUACUUGGAUUCCGUUUCUGAAUUCCAAACAGCGUGGGAGUGGGUUGAUGAGUUUGAAAAAGAAAAUGAGUCGAGGUUUAAUGACCCUAGUGAUGAGUUACGGAAGAAAUGGCGCAAAUACGAGUUAAUUUUCGAUGUUGAGCCGGUUUACGGUGACGAUGAUGUCAGUGAGUAA